CAUCAGAGUCUCAGACCAGAACCAGAACCCAGCUGUGUGUCCUUUAUGAGCGACGGGUCAAAGAAUGUCAUCUAUGAAUUCAAACCUUCUGGACCUCCGUCCUCAGAGAGAGUGGACCAGCAGAACUCAGAGGCUCCCAGAGGUCCGUCUGCCCAGCAGCAUCAAACCCAGCUGGACUCCAUAUUUAUGCUGCUGGAGGACAACAUUGUCACUUUUGUGAAGAAGGAGCUGAAGAAGAUCCAGAAGGUUCUGAGUCCAGAUGACCCAGACUGCUCAGAGAGUCAGAGAGAUGAGGAGGAGUUGGAAGGUGAGAAUGAACAGGAGCAGAGGAGGAGCAGCAGAGAGGCUCUGAUGAAGAUCACUCUUAACUUCCUGAGGAGGAUGAAGCAGGAGGAGCUGGCUGACCGUCUGCAGAGCAAACAUCUUGCUGCAGUUUGUCAACAUAAACUUAAAUCUGGUCUGAAGGAGAAGUUCCAGUGUGUGUUUGAGGGGAUCGCUAAAGCAGGAAGUCCAACCCUUCUGAACCAGAUCUACACAGAGCUCUACAUCACAGAGGGAGGGACUGGAGAGGUCAAUGAGGAACAUGAGGUCAGACAGAUUGAAACAGCAUCCAGGAAACCAGACAGACCAGAAACAACCAUCAGACAAGAAGACAUCUUUAAAGUCCCACCUGGAAGAGAUCAACCAAUCAGAACAGUGAUGACAAAGGGAGUGGCUGGCAUUGGGAAAACAGUCUUAACCCAGAAGUUCACUCUGGACUGGGCUGAAGAAAAAGACCACCAGAACAUCCACUUCAUAUUUCCAUUCACCUUCAGAGAGCUGAAUCUUCUGAAAGAGAAAAAGUUCAGCUUGGUGGAUCUUGUUCAUCACUUCUUUACUGAAACCAGAGAAAUCUGCAGCUUUGAACACUUCCAGGUUCUGUUCAUCUUUGAUGGUCUGGAUGAGAGUCGACUUCCUCUGGACUUCCAGAACCAGGAGAUCCUGACUGAUGCUACAGAGUCCACCUCAGUGGAUGUUCUGCUGACAAACCUCAUCAGGGGGAAACUGCUUCCCUCUGCUCGCCUCUGGAUAACCACACGACCUGCAGCAGCCAAUCAGAUCCCUCCUGAGUGUGUUGGCAUGGUGACAGAGGUCAGAGGGUUCACUGACCCUCAGAAGGAGGAGUACUUCAGGAAGAGAUUCAGAGAUGAGGAGCAGGCCAGGAGUAUCAUCUCCCACAUGAAGACAUCAAGAAGCCUCCACAUCAUGUGCCACAUCCCAGUCUUCUGCUGGAUCACUGCUACGGUUCUGGAGGACGUGUUGGAGACCAGAGAGGGAGGAGAGCUGCCCAGCACCCUGACUGAGAUGUACAUCCACUUCCUGGUGGUUCAGACCAAAGUAAAGAAGGUCAAGUUUGAUGGAGGAGCUGAAACAGAUCCACACUGGAGUAAAAAGAGCAAGAAGAUGAUUAAGUCUCUGGGAAAACUGGCUUUUGAUCAGCUGCAGAAAGGAAACCUGAUCUUCUAUGAAUCAGACCUGACAGAGUGUGGCAUCGAUAUCAGAGCAGCCUCAGUGUACUCAGGAGUGUUCACACAGAUCUUUAAAGAGGAGAGAGGGCUUUACCAGGACAAGGUGUUCUGCUUCGUCCAUCUGAGUGUUCAGGAGUUUCUGGCUGCUCUUCAUGUUCAUCUGAUCUUCAUCACCUCUGGUGUCAAUCUGAUAAAAAAACAAACAUUUAAGAGGUCUUCAUUUUCUAAGAAAUCUAAACUAACGUCUCUUCACCAGACAGCUGUUGAUCAGGCCUUACAGAGUCCAAAUGGAAACCUGGACUUGUUCCUCCGGUUCCUCCUGGGACUUUCACUGCAGACCAAUCAGAGACUCCUACAAGGUCUGCUGACACAGACAGGAAGUAGCUCACAGACCAAUCAGGAAACAGUUCAGUACAUCAAGGAGAAGAUCAGUGAGAAUGUUUCUGCAGAGAAAAGCAUCAAUCUGUUCCACUGUCUGAAUGAACUGAAGGAUCGUUCUCUAGUGGAGAAGAUCCAACGGUCUCUGAGAUCAGGAAGUCUCUCCACAGAUAAACUGUCUCCUGCUCAGUGGUCAGCUCUGAUCUUCAUCUUACUGUCAUCAGCAGAAGAUCUGGAUGUGUUUGACCUGAAGAAAUACUCUGCUUCAGAGGAGGUUCUCCUGAGGCUGCUGCCAGUGGUUAAAGCCUCCAACAAAGCUCUACUGAGUGGCUGUAACCUCUCAGAGAUAAGCUGUGAAGCUCUGUCCUCAGUUCUCAGCUCCCAGUCCUCCAGUCUCAGAGAACUGGACCUGAGUAACAACAACCUGCAGGAUUCAGGAGUGAAGCUUCUCUCUGCUGGACUGGAGAGUCCAAAUUGCAAACUGGAAACUCUCAGCUUGUCAGGCUGUCUGGUCUCAGAGGAAGGCUGUGCUUCUCUGGCUUCUGCUCUGAGUUCCAACCCCUCCCACCUGAAAGAGUUGGACCUGAGCUACAAUCAUCCAGGAGACUCAGGAGUGAAUCUGCUGUCGGCUAGACUGAAGGAUCCACAGUGGAGACUGGAAGCUCUCAGGGUGGAGCCUGCUGGAGUCCGAUGGUUGACACCAGGUCUGAGGAAGUAUUCCUGUCAACUCACAAUCGACACAAACACAGUGAGCAGAAAACUCAAACUGUCUGAAGACAACAGGAAGGUGACACGGAUGGAGGAGCUUCAGUCAUAUCCUGAUCAUCCAGACAGAUUUGAUGAUCCUCAGCUGCUGUGUAGAACUGGUCUGACUGGUCGCUGUUACUGGGAGGUCGAGUGGAGAGGAGGAGUUGAUAUAUCAGUGAGUUACAGAAGAAUCAUGAGGAGAGGAGACAGUAGAGAUUGUUGGUUUGGACUGAAUGAUCAGUCCUGGAGGCUCAGAUGCUCUAAUCGUCAUGGUUACUCUGUCUGGCACAAUAAGGGAGGAACAUCCAUCUCCUCCUCCUCCUCCUCCUCCUCCUCCUCCUCCUCCAACAGAGCAGCAGUGUAUGUGGACUGUCCUGCUGGUAUUCUGUCCUUCUACAGCGUCUCCUCUGACUCACUGAUCCACCUCCACACCUUCAACACCACAUUCACUGAACCUCUGCUUCCUGGGUUUGGGCUGAGGUCCAAUUCUGGUUCCUCUGUGUUUCUGUGCUGAUUGAGUCUAAAGAGUCUCCUCCUGUCAGAGAAAGCCUCUCCCUGUUGAACAGAUAGUUCAGUCUGUUCAUGUCUGUCUCUUUCACUCAGAAACACGUUUUCACACGGCGAGCAUGUGCACUUUAGUGGGAACGUGUCUACACAGAAUAAAUACAUCUGUCCUUUAACUUUUUUCCAAAUCCUUUUUCGUUCCUGUUGAUUUCUGCUGCUCUGCGAAGUUUAACUUCUGUAGUAAAAUGAUUCAAACCAGUAACAUUCGUCAUAAAUUCUUAAACAUCAGCAACUCCAUCUGAGGAUAACUCCAAAACUGAUGUAUGACUAGACCCAGGGCUGAUAAAAUCUAUCUAAUCAACCGGGUUGUACUUUUACCAAACGUCUUUAAGCUCCAUUUUCACUUUUAACUUUUGGUUCUGCUUACUGGUGAUUCCUAGACCUACAAUUAGCAGAAGUUGUUAGUGAGCUAAUUCCUCCCUUUUAUUUAUUUUUAAAUAACCAGAUUUAUGUCUAGUGUAUUAUAUUCAAACUAUGGCUUUCAAACUAUUAAACUUUU